AUGAAUAGUGAUGAAAAUAAGAAUAGAGAUAGGGAUGAAGAUGGAGGUGGAGAUGGAGAUGCAGAUGAAGAUGGAGAUGGAGAUAGAGAUGGAGAUAGAGGUGGAGAUGGAGAUGGAGAUGAAGGUGGAGAUAGUAAUGGAGAUGGAGAUGAAGAUGGAGAUGAAGAUGGAGAUGAAGAUGGAGAUGGAGAUAAAGGUGAAAACAGAGAUGGAAAUGAAUGUGAAGAUGCCAGAUGA